AGAGGAAAGAUACAGGACUUGAGAAAGUUAAAUUUGAGAGGACUGAGCUAAAUAUAGAGUCCUGUUCUGUCAAAAGAUUUUGAGUUGCUCGAGAACACACAGCAGCCCCUACCCCCGCUCCAUUGAAGUGUUCCUUUCAAACAACACAUUUAGAAAGACACAAAAAGAUCAGGGGGUUGUGAGUGGAGGCCAAAUCCCCCAUCCUUUCAUCCUCGGUAGGGUUCUUCUGAUCUGGUUCGCUUAAAAGAGAUGCAAAAUGGCCUGCAUGGGGUCGAUCCCAUAUGAUAAUAACUCGUGCUUAUAUUUGGUUCCAUGGCUACGGCAAGCAGUAUAAAAGACAGGCUCUGGCCAUGGGACAGAUGGGUCGCCAUGUUUAGAGGGUUUCAAGAAAUGGAGGAGGGUCGGAGAGAUGGUUGCUGUGAGGUCACAGAAAGGGAUUUGAAAGGAGAAGGAGGAGGAGGAGGAGGAGAUGAUGAUGGUGUUGGUGUUAAAGAAGAAGGUGAAGAAAUUGGAGCAGCAGCAGAAGAAGAUCAAUGUGAAAAUGAUGAUGCUCUCAAGAGAAGCAUAUCAAACCACCCUCUGUAUGGGGAGCUUGUUGAAGUUCACCUCAACUGCUUGAGGGUUGGUGGAGCUUGCGAAGAUGGCAUGGCUCACCAGACGAUGAUGAAUCCACAAGUACACCGUUGCCAACAUCAACAUGGUGAAGCCAAGAAGAGGACGCCGAGUCAAUCUGAUUUGGACCGAUUCAUGGAAGCUUACUGCUCGGUUCUGAGCGAGUUGAGAGAAGCCAUGGAGGAGCCUCAACAGGAGACGAUGGCUUUCAUAGACGACAUGCAUUCUCAGCUCAAGGACAUGAUCACAACUCCAGCCUCUUCUGCAGCUGGACCAGGUGAAACAAAUGCCUGACACGAGACCUGGAGGCCUAUAAUCAAGACGAUAAGGAAAAGGCGGUUUCAAGAACUGGAAGAUCAUAACAGUCCGGCCGCUACGAGCUAUGAUCUACAGAUAUGCUCUUCUGAAGUCUGUCCGCCCAAGCACUGUGUCUUGUGUUCUUUCUGUGUAUGUUAUGUGUUAGUCUAAAAAUCAAUUCUGAAGUACUGGGAUUUGCGUCUACCAAUGAAGGCUUGGAGCUAACUAAAUGUACGAUGAAAUGAACAUCAAGAGGUCAAGUAAUCAGUCAAUUCUUGGCGUCCUUUUACAGCA